CCUCCGACACACUGCGGUGCGACGUCGCGGUGCGUUCACGGUCCGGCUGCGCGUCAUUGACAGUUCGUGUUUACUUCACGGUCCGGUUCUUCACGGGAGGCGGAUUACGAGGCGGGUGGGGAGUCCUGGCGCAGCCGGCGAACACUGCGGCCGUGUUUCCGACGGCUAACUGCAGCUAGACGGAGGCCGGACCUCCUCUGACCGCCGAGCGGCAGCCGGAGCCCCGCGGUGAACCGGACACCGGUUCUGGGCCGGCGGUGAGUCUGUGAGCGGCAGGACCGCAGUGAACCGUAGUCGAUCGGAAAAACUCUGAUUUUUAAACCGACAGCCAUUGUAUGUAUAUUAUUACACCGUAAUAACAUGUAAAUCGAGCGGUAUCGGUUGAAGGAGACGGUAGAGUAAAAUUCGGCUCCGGUUAAAUAAACACCGAUCGAUGGAGACAUGAACACCGGCCCCGGAGGAUCUCCACACCCGAGACGAGCUGUCCCAGAGCCCCAGAGAGAAAUACCCCGCAUUCUAGAGACCACUGCGGCCCCCUCAGGGUUCCUCUGAGCCCGGUACCGGACCUCCUGAACCAUGGGGACCCAGGGACCGGGCAGGAAGAGGAUCCCGAACCGGGAGAAGCUGACGGCCGAGGACGAUGCCCUCAACCAGAUCGCACGAGAGGCGGAGGCACGGCUGGCGGUGAAGCGAGCGGCGCGAGCCGAAGCUCGGGAUAUUCGGAUGAAGGAGCUGGAGAGGCAGCAGAAAGAGAUGUUUCACAGCCACAAGAGGUAUUAUGGUCUGGAGUUCGGUCACAUUGAGCAGUGGAUGGAGGACAGCGAGCGUUACUGCCGCUUCUCCCGGAGGCACGCCUCGGUGUCGGACGAUGAGGAGCGGAUGUCCGUGGGGAGUCGCGGCAGCCUCAGGGUGGAGGAGCGGACUGACAGGGAUUUCCUGGAAAAAGGCUCCCGGACGGCGUCCACGCUGUCGGCCGCCACGCUCGCCUCUCUGGGCGGAGCUUCGUCUCGCAGAGGGAGCUGUGACACGUCGUUCUCCGUGGAAACCGAGGCGUCGAUCCGAGAGAUCAAGGACUCGCUGGCGGACGCGGAGGAGAAAUAUCGCAAGGCGAUGGUUUCCAACGCCCAGCUGCACAACGACAAGUGCACUCUGAUGUACCAGGUGGAGGCGCUGAAGGAGGAGCUGGGCGACAUGGAGGAGGCGCUGUGGGAGGCCAGGAGGCGAGGGGACGACACCAACAAGGAGCUGGAGCGGGAGCGUCAGGCGCACAGCGUGCUGCAGUUUCACUUCAAAGAGAUCAAAGAAUCCCUGACUCAGACGGAGGAGCUGCUCACGGAGGUGUCAGAGCUGCGGUUGAGGAGCAACACGUACCGUCAGGAUGUCUCCGACCUGCAGGAGGAGCUGAAGUGGAAGGAGAAGAAGAUCGCGGCGUUGGAGCGUCAGAGAGAAAUGUCGGAAUUAGUUGUGCUGGAUCGAGACCGUCUGAGGGAGAAAGUGAUGCGUCAGUCAGAUUUACUGAAGAAACACGGAGUGGUCGUCUCUCCGGACGUCACCACAAAUGGGGAGACGGAUGACCACGAGGUCGGCUCCGAACUGGCUGAGGAGUCCUCCCCUGGAGCCAGAGAGAGCAUGCUGGAGCUGCGUGUGAAGAAGCUCCUCGAGGAGCGCCACAGUUUACAGGAUCAGGUGAGACUGCUGAGGACUCAGCUGGAGGAGCGUCCAGCGGAGGUGACCGACGGCAUGGAGGAUCCCGAGGGCGCCGCCCAGGAGAACGGGAUGGACGUCCAGCUGCUGGAGCUGCAGAGAGACACUAAUCGGCAGAUCAGCGAGCUGAAAUUCAAACUAGUAAAGUCUGAACAGGAAGUCGCUGCGCUGGAACAGAACGUGAUUCGCCUGGACGGUCAGGUGACCCGGUACAAGACGGCGUCCGAGAACGCCGAGAAGAUCGAGGACGAGCUGAAGGUUGAGAAGAGGAAACUGCAACGAGAGCUGCGCGCUGCUCUGGAUCGGGUGGAUGAGCUGGAGGUGACCAACGGCCACCUGUCCAAACGCCUGGAGAAGAUGAAGGCCAACAGGACCGCCCUGCUCGCCCAGCAGUGACCCGCAGAGCGUCACCGGCCCCGGUGGGUGGAGUCGUCUUCAGCCGCCAAGCUCAAAGUUCAAGUUCUUCUUCAUCCGGUCCCAGAGGUGGUUAUCUCCACUCAGAAACACACCAUCAAAGCAGACAGGUCCUAAAUAAAGUUUGGCUGAUUUUUUUUCAGUUAUUGUAGAGCAUGAGGGAAAAAAAGCCUCAAUAUUAACUGAAGAAAUGUGUUUUUGGACGUGAAGAUGAGAAUCACUUCCUGUACAGUAAACCCGCCCACCCAGCUGCUGGGAAACAUAAAACAAACGCUACAUCUGCCUCAUCAGCGUCCAUCUCUGUAAAGUCUGCCACUACCUCCUCUACAACACUGGGGGGCGCUGCUCCUCCAUGAAGUACUGCAGAGACCAGAUCACACUGGAUUGUACCUGAUCGGACUGGAUCACAUUUUAUUUAUAUUUCUAUCUUUCUGUUGUUCUUGGUGGUUUUCAUCUUUUUGUUUCUUUGUUCUAAAAUCUUUGUACGAACUUUUUCUCAUUUUUACUUCUAUUGUGUUUUGGGGGGGGGGUGUUUUUUUUUUUUUUUGUGAAGCUGAUGCACUUUUACGACAGAAAAACACAUACUGAUGUGUGGGACUAACCCCCGCCCACUCCGUGGUUACCUGUUCAGGUGAGGGGGAGUGGGCGUGGCCUCAGGGUGUGGGUGUAUAUAUGAAGACGCGGAGGAGAAUCAGGAGCUUCAGAUAAUCGUCACAUUCAGACUUUUUGCACUUUGGAUGUAAAAUCACCAGCUUUGUAAAUGUAAAGAAUCUUCAUGUCUGUAAACAUACAACAAAUGAAUGAAUGAAUGAAUGAAGCAACAACUCAGUAGAAAGAGAAACAUCCAUCAUGGGGAGCGCAUGGACAGUGAAACAUUUUGGAUCGAAGUCUUCCUGUGUCACGUCUCGUAUCGUGAUGCUGUGCAGCUGUUGAAUGUAGGUGCUGCGGUGCGGUGACCGAUGGUACGAUUUCCCCGCCAAGAGCGGCGCUUCACCGACGUGUGUCUGACGGUUGACAUUAAAUUGAUAUGAAAC